GUGGGCGUGUUUCCACUGUUUGUAUUUUGUUCCUUUGCCCUGCUCUCACCUCUCAUACCUCUCUCUCUCUCUCUUUCUCUCUCUUCCUCUUUGACGGAGGCAGGAAUGGCUGAAGAUUUAGACAUAGAUAUAGACAGUAUAAUAUCAAGACUCUUAGAAGGUGAGGCCAAUGAAGCGACUAUACUCUGUUUUAAUUUUAUUGGCUUUUUGUGUUGUUGUGCCUGUACAGCUCGAGGUAGUCGUACCAUGAAAACGGUACACCUAGCAGAGACAGAAGUAAAGGCUCUGUGUCUCAAGUCACGUGAUAUAUUCUUAGAGCAGCCGAUAUUACUCGAGUUGGAAGCUCCACUGAAAGUUUGUGGUGACAUCCAUGGCCAGUACACUGAUCUCCUUCGUUUAUUCGAGUACGGGAGUUUCCCUCCUCAUACCAACUACCUGUUCCUCGGCGACUACGUUGAUAGAGGGAAGCAGUCCCUAGAAACCAUUUGUUUGUUAUUGGCAUAUAAGAUAAAGUAUCCAGAGAAUUUCUUUCUGCUACGCGGUAAUCACGAGUGUGCCAGCAUCAAUAGAAUAUAUGGAUUUUAUGAUGAAUGCAGAAGACGUUAUAACAUCAAGAUAUGGAAGACUUUUACAGAUUGCUUCAACUGUCUACCUAUUGCAGCUGUCAUUGAUGAUAAGAUAUUCUGUUGUCAUGGAGGUCUUUCUCCUGAUCUUCAAGAUUUUGAGCAAAUAAGAUCGAUAGCUCGUCCAACCGACGUACCCGACACAGGAUUAUUGUGCGAUCUCUUGUGGUCUGACCCUGACAAAGACAUUCAGGGAUGGGGAGAGAACGACAGAGGCGUCUCCUUUACAUUCGGGGCCGACAUUGUCACAAAGUUUCUCAAUCGCCAUGAUCUCGAUCUGAUAUGCAGAGCACAUCAAGUGGUUGAGGAUGGUUACGAAUUUUUUGCUCGUCGGCAGCUUGUGACGUUAUUCUCUGCUCCUAAUUAUUGCGGGGAUUAUGAUAACGCUGGUGGAAUGAUGACCAUUGAUGAAGAGCUAAUGUGCUCCUUUCAGAUUUUAAAGCCCUCCGAAAAGAAAGCAAAGUACCAAUACUGUGGACUCAAUUCUGGACGACCCUCAAAAUCCUCAUUACCAGCAACAAGCAAAACAUAAGAAGUAGAAA